AUGAGCGUGUGCUCGGUGCUUGGUGUUGCAGUGGUGGACUGCGCGGUGACGGCGUGGGGCCCGUGGUCGGAGUGCGACGCGGACUGCGGCACCGGCAUGAUGCGCCGGUCGCGCUCCGUGCAGCGCCAGCCCGAGAACGGCGGCAAGCACUGCCCCUCGCUGCUGCAGAAGCGCGGCUGCCAGGGCACGCGCUGCCCGCACAGCAACAAGUCCGCGCUCAAGGAGACGGCGAUGCUGCUGCCCGCCAAGCUGGGUAACAGCCGGCGAGCCAACGAGACGACCGACAUCCGUCGGAACCUGCGGCUCCGCUACCCCAAGCAGCCGCACGAGAACAACGAGUACUGUGUGCAGUUUGAAGUUCUGAAGGCUUCCAAGGCAUGCCGCAAGGAGACCAGCUACUCGUCUCUGAGAGAAGGAGAACGCGUGUGCGUGCGUUGCGAGUCGCAGGCGCUGCGUCCGGCGCUGGGCUACCGGUGCGCGGGGCCAGGCGUGGCGGACCGCGGCACGCGCUGGACAGCCCUGUCAGCACCGCACUGCCACGGCAAGUGGCUGCGCCUCUCGCACCACGACGACCAGCCAAGCUGCCCAGCGUGCGCCAAUGGCGCCUCCUUCAUCUUCGUCUGAGCGGCGCUGCUGCGGACCGCUAGCCACCCGAACACACAAAACAAAAACACAGAAACACACAACACAGACAGACACUCACACCCACACACGUGCACACACAUUCCCAUUCCCAACAACGCGCGACGGCGAGUCACACACGAUUUCAGCGCGCUGCGUGCCAGCGAAGUUCCGGCGCUCGGUUGCAGUGUCGUCAUUCAGGGGUGUCCACAAAUGAGGGCCUGAUGUAAUAUUCGGCGCCGAAAUUUCGCAGAUGGCCAAAUAUACAUAUAUUGCACUUUUCUUUAUUUUGUGUUCUUUACCAAUUUUGGAAGGAGGAAAAAAAAAACAAGAAAGGAAACAGAGGAGACCCUGCACGCCAGUUACUAUAAUUUAAUCUGUAAAUCGUGACUGGCAUGUAGAGACGGCCACACAGAAUUAUGUGAUGUGCUAUUAGCAACGAAUCAUAGUAGACAGUACGAGAAUCUUGUUGUUUCAGUGGUUCAGUUGAUACAAAAAUAAAACGACCAAAUGUAUAGCGAAUGUGAUGUUCCACAGUACCUAUUACAUACUUCUAGACAUAGCACCGCAAACGUUAAAGAUAAAUGUUACAUGCCAUGUUUCGGGAAGGGACGUUUCCGUGGUGCAGAGAUAAUUGAACCAAGUCACUGUUUCGCUUAACCGGAUUCGGUCAGGCAUCUACAGACUUUGUGUAUCACAGCCGGUAUUGGCGAGCAAAGUAAACGCUAUAUCCAUGAUCGAACUCAAACACACAUUGCAAAUGCUUAAUGAUUGUAAUCCUGUUCUGUGACUGCGCCUCAAAUAAAAAGAAAUAUAUGUAUCGAACUGACUUCUACACUUUCGAAAUCAGAGUCAUUCACUGUCUCAUUUAUACAGUCCUGUCACAACACUUGGAAGUGUAAAUGCUCGGUAUUACUCGACGCAGCACCUUCCUUACGCACCUAUGUGAUUAUGGGUUAACAGGAACAGCCUAGUCUUCAUAAAGGGCAUUAAUUUUCUUACAAGGUUUUUAAUCAGGGGAUUUGUGAUGAUUACAGUGAAGUGAUUCUGCUGCAAUUGUUGAGAUGAACAGUUCUACCUUUGCUGUUACACGUUACAGAAUAAGCAGUUGUAGGACUGUAUACGGAUUUGCUCAUUUUCGUACAGGGAGCUGUUUCUCAUUAUAAAUUAGCAGCAAAGGCUAUAGAACUCGCAUUCUUAAAGAGCAAUAAUGUUUACAAGAAUAGACGAAUUUCGCAGCUCAAGGUGAGACUUUAUAGAGCUGAAUAAUUUCGUAAUGUAAUUUACAAACCAAUAAGUGUUUAAAAUGCUGGAUUUUACAGUUGGUGGAAACUUAUUCUGAAUGUGUUACUCUGUCGCUGUCUUAAAUGUGUGUUGAACAGGACAUGAUGAUAAAUGAAUCAUACAAAAUCACUAAGAAUAUCCUGUAUUUCACCAGUGAUUCUGGUAUAUGAAAUUUCUUUUAUAAAUUAGCCUAGUGAUUCAGAUUUUGUUUUUUAGAUAUGAGAAAUUCUCUAGAAAGUUUUGUCAGAGUAUUUACACGAUUUGUUAACUUCUCACACAAAGAUAAGUCUGUUUAAUGCAUCAUAUUUAUUGCUGCUGUUACACUACCAAGAACGAACAAUCAUAGUGUUCUAACAGCGUUUACUUCACAGUUUGUACAAAAGUGAUUUUCUGAGACAAACCAAGCAGUAAAUUAUCAGUAACGAAUAGCUGCAGUACAUGAUAUGAUUACAGAAGUACUGCUCCAGUUUUAUUCUAAAGGCACACACAUUUUAGUUUGGCUAGUUGAAGAACUCAGUUAGACAGCGCCACCAAUCAUUGUUGUUUAAGACAUAUCUUUAGUUGUCUAUAACGUACUUAAGUGCUGCUACCAACUUCAACAAACUGGAGAGUUUUAGUAUGUUAUGAAGUCUAGAAACACUUUAUACUGAAAUUUUGGUGUGACCUUAGGACAUUCACAGAGCAGGUUUUAUUAGUGAAUUAAACAUGAAAAUAAUGAGGCAAAAAAAGCGAGAACAAUUGUAUAAUCAUCCUUUCCAGUGCAGGGUCUCUAGUAACUGAAUUUCUGUAACUAUAAUAAGUUAGUAUGGAAUAUAUAUGCAUUAAGUGCAGUUUUCUGAACUCAUAAUUUAUGAAAUACACAGAACUAUGCUUUAGAUGUAGAUCCAAUAAUAAUACUUAAAAUAUUUCUUUAUUAAGGUUUACAUGGAAUAAGUCAAACAGUGAUAUGAAAUAUGUUGAAUAGUGAAAUACUAAUGUUGUAAAAUUAUUAAUGCAAUCACAGUUUGUUGAAUAAUGAAGAUUGUACUUUUGAAUGAUGUAAUUUGUAAUCCAAACACAGCUAUUUUGUUACGUUUUUACUUUAGAUGAUAAACAAAAGAAAUAGAUUGAAAUAUUUGAAUAGAAUGUUUACUAUAGGCCAGAUUAUUUGGGUAGUUACGAAAUGCAGAAGGAAAUUUGAGGUGUACAAGGAACAACAUAUUUUAAUUUGUUAGUAUUCUGUUUAAUUUCUCAGUUUUUCAGCUGCUUAAUAGCCUCAUAUUCAAUAUCACAUUCAGCACACUGUUUCUUUGAAAUGUGAUUCUGUAUCUCUUAGCUAGUCCAAAUUUUAUGGCACUCUCCAGAUACCACUAUCUCCAAAUCAUACAAUGCUUCCUUAACUGAGAUUAUUAAUCUUUACUUGUGUCUGACAAAAUAUGAGGUGUUCGUAACAGAAACAUGUUAGAGCGAAAUCGAGAUUGUUCUCCAUCAUGUCAUCAUUAGGUGAUACACUAUGACACUCCAUUAAUGGACCCCCUGAAUGAGAAUUACGAUUGUGUAAUAUGUACUGAUGUAUAGUAUGUAAUGACAUCUUGUUCUUAUCUUUUUCUUAACAAACAUCAUGUAGAGGCAUUCAUCCAGAAAAAGUGUUGCAGGUGCAAUCCAGAGUAAUACAAUUACAUAACUACAUUCUCAAUCAGCCACAAUAACAGUUUUUUCUGUCCUAUGUUCAUAUAUUUAUUUAGGAAUGGGAUUGUGGGAGAUCAUUCAUUAAUGCAGAAAAUGGCUGGGUGAAUGAAUAUAUAUGAACAUAAAGAGUAUUAAUCAUAAUUUCAUCUAAUUUUGUAGCCCGUAAUGACCUACUUUUAGUGUGGUACAUAACUUAUAUUUCUUUAAUACUGGUUGUAUCACCUGUAUAACUUAAAAACAUCUUAAUUUGUGUGAUUAUACAGUUCUUUGCUUGAUUGAUUAAUUCAUGUAAUCUGCAGUUUAUUGUGUAAUUCAUGUUUAUUAGCUGGGUGCUGUUAAGUAACUUUUAAUUAAGUAUUCAUUAUUAAACACACACUACUGUCUUUCUUAGCAGUACAUUCAUUGUGACUUGAAGUGGAUAAGGGCUUCACACUCACAGAAGUAAAGACUUUAAAGUAACUUGAAGUAAGAUUCAAUUAGAGAUGUUCUUUUCAGAAUGUUAGUUCUGUUGGUAAACUACUAUAGAGAACUGAAUGAAGUGUGAACGUUUUUGAGUGUCUGAGACAUUGUCAUUGUUGUUUGGUUGAAUUAAGAACGACUAAUAAGUAUACUAUAACAAUAAUGUUAAUGAUAAUAAUGUUUAAUAUUUGGUAUAUAUAUAUUUUUAGAAAUUGUUUCAUUGAUAAUUUUCAGUGAACUGGAAACAAUUCACAAUCACAAUAUUUUAUGAAUAGUACUUUAUCUUCAUUUUGCAGAUAGGAGCUGAUUAAAAUUUUUGUGAAACAGUAAUUUUAAAUGCAUCUCAGAAGAAGUCAUAGUGCACUUUUGCGCCAAUGACUGCUUUGUUUUUAGAGCUGUUGUUUAAGAUAAAUAUUUGUAUAGCAUAUCAUUUUAUAAGGAAUGUCAUUUAGUAAUAUCAGCCAGAACACAUCCUAAAAGCAUAUCACAAAACUUUUUUAUUUCGUAUGAAUCAAAGGUCGAUGUAAUGAAAUAGGCAAUAAAUACAAUUAAACUGA